CUCCAGAAAGAGGUACUUUCAAACGAACAGGGCAUGGAGAGUUUUGAAAGCCCGUGAUAUAUGUCCAUGUGGAACUUCUUCUGAGCGAGUAAUCCAGUCAAGAUCCGACCCGAUUGUCCUCGGACACAGAUCACACCACACGUGUUGACUGUGGCGGAGAAUCAAAUACCAGUAUAAAUGCGUCCACACUAAAUUCCAACAAAAGCAAAAACAUCGAAGAGGUAAAUUGACCAAUGUCGAAUACGAGUAAUUCCAGUGGGCCACAGGCCACAACAGACAUGGACUCAGAUGUCCUGAAAUACAUUGAACGCAAUGUCGACAGUGAUGAUGACGACCGUUAUGAUGACGAAAAAUUGGACAAACUGAUUGUGAUCAACAUGAGUGCUUGGCAAACGUUGAAAGCCAUGUAUAUAGCGAAACCCCAACUCCUACUACUUCAGAUUGUCUCGCUGGACAAGAGUUUGAAUCAGGCGUACAGUGAUUGCAAUAACGCCAAGAGCCUACUAAACGAAUAUUCCGCCCUGGUGCCAUUGCUUGCGGAAGCGUGCGAGACAAGAAGUUUUGCUAAGGUGCGAUCUCUCGCUAUACUUCAACCAAAACCGCUCGAUGUCGAGGAACUUUGGAGAGCAUCGAAUAUCUUGAGAGUUCCCUACGAAUUUAAUAUCAUAACGCCCGAGGAACAUGCCUCACUCGAUGAAGAGAUAUCUGCAAUGGAGCUAGGACCUGAUCCUGUGAUGUUUCUGUAUAACAUCAUCCUUACAGCGCGUCGUCGUGGGCUGAAUUUGAAGCCGAUGGACUAUAAUAAGACUCGAGCUUACCUCCGCUCACAUCCCGCACUUAAGAAAAUCAUAGUGGAGCUGCGGAAAGCUCGAAAUCCAUCGUUUGCGUCCUUGAGACUCAUAUACGACUUUUGGAUCCUGGAGGAGCUGAAUCAGCAGAAUUUAUGUGUUUGGUUACUGAGAAAAUUUACAGAAUUCAAAUACUGGGAAGUGGAAGCUCGAUACAAACUUGAUUGAGCAGGUUCAGGCAUAUUGGACAUUUUGGAGAUGAUAAUAAAUCAUCACUGAGGUG